CCUGGGUGAUGGUUAGGGACUUCCAGGUGGCCGGCCCCGACAACGCCUCCUUCUAUGCGGGCAUUCUCGUCUCCACCUUUUCGCUGGCUGAAGCCCUCACCGGCAUGUUCUGGGGGGGUCUUUCAGACCGUAUCGGGCGUAAACCCGUCCUGAUCUCCGGUUGUUUCGGGACCUUGCUGUCUCUCCUCCUGGUCGGGUUCGCCCCUAAUUUUUGGGUGGCACUCUUCGGCCGCGCUCUUGGGGGGGCCCUGAAUGGGAACAUUGGUGUCAUCCAGACCAUCGUUGGCGAAUUGGUCAAAAGGCCCGAACAUGAGCCUCGAGCCUAUGCUGUCAUGCCAUUCGUUUGGUCGAUAGGUACCAUCAUGGGACCAGCCAUUGGAGGGUUGCUUGUAAAGCCUGCCGAAGGUUUCCCCUCGCUCUUCUCUCGCGAUGGCCUGUUUGGCAAAUUCCCUUACCUCCUGCCUAAUCUUGUUUGUUCCGUCUUACUGCUCUGUAGCAUCAUCCUCAGCUGGCUCUUACUCAACGAGACUCACCCGGAUAUGCAACCCCAAGUUGCACCAGAUGACCUUGACAGGUGUUCCGCGGAUCGUCCUCUUCUCAUAGCCGCGCAGGCCACGGCCAACGCCGGAACGAACCUGCACAUCGAGUCCUAUGGAACUUUCGACCAGGUCCGUCUCCAUGAGGACGAGCAUUGGGCUGUGCGCGCAGAUUUUUCAAACCCAGAAUCCACCUCGCAGAAACACUCUAUCUUUACAUGGCGGCAAAGCAUGCUUAUCCUUGCCUUGGCCAUUUUUACUUAUCACUCGAUGACAUACGACCACUUGCUACCUAUCUUCCUGCAGGACCGGAAUUUCAGUGAUAUCUCCGCAUUCUCGGCAUCGGUUUUCAGAUUCCCAGGGGGCGUGGGCCUCUCAACACAAACCGUUGGGCUGAUCAUGUCCACCGACGGCCUUAUAGCGCUGGUCAUCCAAAUCUUCAUUUUCCCUCUUCUGGCUGAGCGUCUAGGUGUUUGGAAACUGUUCAUCAUCGUCACUGUUCUCCAUCCGUUGGCUUAUUUAAUGGUACCGUUCCUUGUCUUUUUGUCCAGCAGAUAUGUGAUGUUUGGCAUUUACACUUGUCUGGUGGUUCGCAACAUUCUCUCGAUCGUCGCUUUUCCGGUCCUUCUCAUCCUUAUCAAACAAGCGAGUCCUUCCGAUUUGGUCAUGGGGAAAAUCAAUGGCCUCGCAGCCUCCACCGGCGCUCUUGCACGCACGCUUGCGCCUCCCAUUGCUGGCUAUCUCUACAGCGCUGGUGCCAGGAUCGAACUUACUGCCCUCGCCUGGUGGUCAAGCGCCUUCAUCGCACUCGUUGGUGCGGUGCAAGUCUGCUUCAUUGAACAGAAGAAGCAUGUCUCCGUCACUAUAAAACCACAUGCACAUUGCCGCUACACCUCAGAUAUAUCACCCGUCAAAGACGAGGUUGUUCAUAUCAUUGUAACGGACACUGAUAGCGACAGGGACGACAAUGCGUAGCUUGCCUUGUUGUUCUGCAUAUUUGCGACCCGUCAUGGCGCUUACAUAGACCCGUCCUUUUUCUGUCGUUGAUUUCUGUGCCUGAUUUCUUCUUCUUCUUCUUCUUUCUUUGGCAGGUCCACUCAAAGGUUGUGACAAAUGCGGGAUACCAUCCAUGUCAAAUAUAUUUUUUAGGGUUCUGCACUUGUUAGCGGAUGCACG